AUGAAAGUAUUGAUAAUUGUAUUCCUCAUCAUUAAUUUGUUGAAUUUAUUGAUUAGAAUACAAGCUAUCUUAAAUGGUUUAAAUGGUACUUCUUCACGUUGGCAAGUUUAUCCUGGCGGUAGUUAUCAUUAUGGUCCAUCAAUAUUGAUCGAUAAUAAUGAAAAUCGCACUAUUCAUAUGUGGACAUGUUCACCAGGUACAGGAUCAAUGGAAUGGGAUGUUAUACGUUAUCAUUAUUCAAACGAUAAUGGUCAAACUUGGUCACCAGAUGUAAUAGCAUUAACACCAACAAUUGGUAGUCUUGAUACAUAUUCUGCUUGUGAUCCAGGCGUUGUUAAAAUUAAUAAAUAUUAUUAUAUUGGUUAUACAUCCACAACAAAUCCAAAUGCAACACAAAAUCAAUUAUUUUUAGCACGAUCAUUGAUUCCGAAUGGAAACUAUGAAAAAUGGAAUGGUACUAAUUGGGAUUUAAAUAAUCCUCAACCAAUAGUUGCAUAUCAUGGUCCAUCAAGUAAAUAUGGUAUUGGUGAACCAUCUUUAGUUCUUAAAGAUAAUCUUAUUUACGUUUAUUAUACAACUGCCGACGAUACUGGUUCAUUUACUGAUUUAGCUAUAGCUCAACUAAAUUCAACAAAUCAAGAUACAUGGCCAUUAAAUUUACAACAUAAAGGACAUGUUAUUAGAAGACGUGUUAAUCUUGGUGAAGAUUCAACUGAUAUAAAAUGGUGUCCUCAAUUACAACUGUUUAUUGGUGUAACAACAAUAAAUCGUUUUUCAUCUCAAGCAACUGUUGGUGUUUAUCAAUCAUUAGAUCAAUAUGGUUUACAAUUUCAAUCUACACCUUAUAUUGGUCAACAUGUUCAACAAGGUGCACAUAAUAUUGGUAUAAGUCGUUCAACAUCUGGUUGGUUUUAUUUAGAAAAUCAAAAUCAUUUUGUCUCGUAUACUUAUCAACCUGAUGGUUCUAGUUGUGGAAAUUGA